GUGCCCGCCUCCCAACGGGUAGCAAGUUUCUGCUGUAUCACCUACAAACUGGACACUGGACAAUUUUACACAUCAAAAUUUCCUGACCACACUGCCCUUUACCCACAAUGGCCUCCUCCUCCUCAUCAGUUGGAGAUAAUCAACUGCAGAGGAUAAUCAGAGAUCUGCAUGAUGCUGUGUUAGAGUUGAGUAAAGAACACAAGGAGUGCGGUGAACCCGUAACUGAUGACAGUGGCAACCUGCACAAGUUCUUCUAUAAACUAGAAUACCUGCUGCAGUUUGACCAGAAAGAGAAGACAACCUUUCUUGGUCAGAGGAAAGACUACUGGGAUUACUUCUGCGACUGCCUGAUUAAGAUCAAGGGAGCUAAUGAUGGCAUCCGUUUUGUAAAGUCCAUCCCCGAGUUGAAGACAUCACUGGGGAAAGGAAGGGCCUUCAUCCGCUACUCACUCGUUCACCAGCGUCUUGCUGACACACUGCAGCAGUGUCUUAUAAACCAGAAGGUCACAAGUGACUGGUAUUAUGCUCGGAGUCCCUUUCUCAAGUCUCACCUCACUGCUGACAUAAUCAACCAUCUUUAUGAGCUCAACCAGAUCCAAUUUGACGUGGCAGCCAGAGGUUAUGACCUUGAUGCAGAUUGGCCAGCAUUUGCGAGGCAAACAUUAGGCACUGCCUCGUCAGCUUUCCUAUGGAGGCCUCCCAGUCGCUGUUCCAGCAUCAACAGUCUCGUUAGCAGCUACGCACACUCACAGGCGCAGGAGUUCCUCCCAGUCCCAGACCACAGUCUUCUUGGUGAACUGGGUGAACUGGGGGAACCCUCUCCUUGCAGCAUCGCAGAAAACCUGCGCAUUGAGCUCGACCAGUCUGAGCUCAGACAGCAAGAGCUUCUGGUGCGGGUUCAGGAGUUGGACAAAGAGGCUGCUGAGCUAAAAAGUGUGAUUAAAGACCUUCAAGGCCAGUUAGCUCAGAAGUCAACAGCAGCCCAAGGUAACCAAGAAACAGUUAACCACCCUCAGACCUCUAGGGAACCAGUAAACAGUGAAAUUCAAGAUAGACUUAUAGCUGCUGAGAACAAAAAUAUGGAGCUUCUCUCAAAGUUGGACGAGGCUCUUAAAGAAAAGGGACAACAAACCACUAGCUACUGUGACUCGGCCUGGAAAAUCCAGGAACUCCUGGAUAAACUCAAGACAGCAGAGGAAGAAAGACUGGAGGCAAAGAGAGAGGCUGAGGACAGGGCCAGGCACUCUGAGCGACUGUCCCAGGAACUUAAACUCAGGGAAGAAGAGCUGAGGAACAGUGAAGAGAAGCUGGCUGAAGUAAAAGCCGGUGCUCAAGAUGAACACGUAGAGGCACUCAAACGCCUGGAGGAGCUCCAAAGUGCAGUUGGUCGAAUUCAGGGGGCGCUGAGUUUGAAAGAGAAGGAGACAGGGAACUUGAGAGCCCAGCUUCAGGAUCUACAAGCAUCACUGGAGUGCAGAGAACGGCAGGCUGAGGAUCUGAGAAGGCGACUGCAAGAGGAGAGGGAAGAGGUGGAGCAGAGAUGUAGCAUGAGCAGUAGCCAGAAUGAGGAACUCGAGACCGAGCUCCUGGAUCUAAGUAAAGCUCUAAAAAACAGAGAGAAAGAGAUUGCUGUUAGUUCAGAGAGAAUCAAGCAUUUAGAGGAGCAGUUGGAAAAGCUAAAUGUUGAGAAAGAAAGUCUGAGCUCUAGACUUGCUGAUAAUGAAGCGGUUUCAUGCGAGAACCUUGAGGACUACAGAGCACAAUGCGGCAGUCUCAUGGAAAUGAAUGCUAAGCUACUCCAAACAGUUGAAAAAACGGAGGGGAGCAUUAUAGAGCUGACUGAGAGCAGGGCAGCCUUGUUAGACCAGCUAGCCUCCUUGAGGGCUUCUGAGAAGCACUUAAAGGGCCAAGUUGAGGCUGCAAAUAUGUGUGUGGAAGAUCGGGAAGAGAAGCUUCUCGAUGAAAACCUGCAUCUGGAGGAGACUGCCCAGAAGGCACUCGUCCAGAAGGAAGUUUCUGACGCUAAAUUAAAGAAGCUAGAGCUUGAGAACAGGGAGCUUCUUGAGGUCCAGUCCUUGUUGAAGAAACAGUUAGCAACAGCUCAACAGGAACUGGACUCACUCACUGCCAAAGCUACAAAGUUGGACAAGAACCUCACAGUGUCCCAAAGAAGCCAAGCAGAGUUACUUGAAAAACUCCAGGAAACUGAGGCUAAACUCAGAGACCAGACUGCCGAAUGUGAGCGUCUGCAAGCCAGGGCAGAGGAGCUGGAGAGCAGGACUGGGGAGCUGCACGAUGAAAAGGGCGCUGCAGAGAGCAAUGAAAAAAUGCAGAAGCUUCACAAUGAGCAUCAGACAUCUUCAAUGGAAACCAAAGAGGCCCCGUUCAGGCUAGUAAUAGCUGAGGCUCAACUGGAGCUCAACCUAAGGGAGGUGCACCGGCUCCAGGAAGAGGUGGUCGACCUCAGGGCUCAGCUUCUAGCAGGAACUGAGGAAAGGAUGAAAGUUCAGGCACUGCAGGAGGUGACUGAGUCCUCCAGAGAGGACCUGCGUGUCUUAGCAGAACAACUCAAAGCCCAGGUAGAGGAGCUAAACCGCCGGCAUGUGGAUGAGAUUCUCCGAUCUCGGGAGCGAGAGGAGGCUAUUAUCCGGGAGCGUGAUGGUGAGGCUCUGGCUCGAGCAGGUCUCGCUGCAGAGGUGACGGCCUCCAGAGAAGAGCUCAAUAAACUGAAGCAGCGUUACGAAGCCUUGUGUCUGGAGAACAGUGAAGCCAAGGAGGCGCUCCACAGAGCCAACACAGAAACAGCUGAACUCGGCGUGCACGUGUGUAUGCUAACUGCCGAGAACGAAGAGGCUCGCCUUCGCUGGGAGGGCUUGUCAACACGGCUGCAAGAGCUGGAUGAGGAGGCAGCUCAGGAGGCUGAGAGGCUGAACACCUGCAUGGAGCAGCUGACACAGGAGAACCAGCGACUCCUCGAUCAGCUCCGUGACGAGGAGGGUUCGUUGGCAACCCAGCAGGAGCUGCAGGAAAAGCUGAGUAAGGCCCAACAGGAGGCCGAAGCUUUGCAGCAGAUGGGUCAGGAGGAGAUCCAGGCACUCCGGUUCCAGCUCAGCAGCCAAGCCAUGAGCCAAGGCGGCCAGCUCCAGACUUUGGAUCAAGAGUUACAGGAAGUGAAAUUACAGCUGACGGCUGAGCAGGAGAAAGUGGCCGACCUGGAGAACAAAUUCAAACAGCUAGAGGCUGAGAAUCAGAGAUAUUGCCAACAGAUUGAGGAGAAAAACAUCCAGAUGGCCGAUUCUGAAAAUCUCAUCCAGCAGAAAGAAGACGAGAUAAUCCAUCUAAAAAGGAAUUUAUCAAGGUCUGAGGACGGUCUGGCAGCAGCUCAGCGAACCUGUCAGGAGAUGAGUGAAAAUCUACGGAGAGUCACACAGGACAAACAGAGCUUUGAUCUUAAGGCGGCUGCUGAACUUGACGAUCUUUACCGCACCAAAAUCAAUUUGGAAGAACGGCUUGUAGAACUCAUCAGGGAGAAAGAUGCACUGUGGCAGAAAACAGAUGCCCUGGAGUUUGAGCAGAAACUACGAGAUGAGGAGACGGAGAGGGACGUCAACUACUGUCUGGGCUGUCACAGUCAGUUCAGCUGGUGGAUCCGCAAGUACAACUGCAGACUGUGUGGGCGUCCCUUCUGCUACUACUGCUGCAGUAACACAGUCAGCACCCAGCAGGGCGGCCACAGAGAGCGCUGCUGCAGAGACUGUUACAACCAGCACAGUGCAGUGGUUGAGCGCCACCCACAGGAGGAAGUGACUAACAGCACACCGGGGACACCUUUCAGUCGUUUGCUGCAGGCCGGGAGAGCUGUGGCCGGUGUUCCAGGAGCAGACGAAGGUGAGAAGCUGGACGAUGGUGUUUUUGACAUCAUCACAGACGAGGAGGUGAGCGGGGUCUACGACAGUGACUCCCUCUCUUUUGCCACCGCAUGCUCUCCUGGACAUGGGCAGCAGGGGGCAGCACAACUAAACAGCAGUGCCAGUGCCGGAGACCUCACAUCAGAGGACACCGAGGACCUCAGUGCUGCGGUGCAGGAUGCAGAGAUCUGCCUGCUGAAGUCUGGAGAUCUCACGCUUUCUGUCCACUUCACAGUGGAUGACAUCUCAGGGUUUGGGGACAGCUCCCGAGAGCUCUUCAUCAAGUCCAGCUGCUACAGCACCAUCCCCAUCACCGUGAGCGGGCCUGGUCCCACUGUCUCCUGGACGUUCACCUCUGAACCGAAGAGCAUCUCCUUCAGCGUGGUCUACAGGGAGAGUGCAGAGACUCCGCUGGAGCAGGCCAAGGUCUUGAUCCCUCUGACUCGCUGUAACUCCCACAAAGAGACAAUCCAGGGGGAACUGAAAGUCAGAAACGCUGGAGAAUACACACUCGUCUUUGACAACUCUUUCUCUAGGUUCAUCUCAAAGAAAGUGCUGUAUCAUCUGAGUUUAGACAAGCCUGUGGUCUACGAUGGAACUGACCUCCUCUGAACCAGACAGGAAGAGAAGCAGAUGUGAGACUGACUUAUGAAACACAUUCAGGGUGUUUAAGCUCAUGCGCAUAUCUUCAAGGCGACUGGGUCGGAGUCUACUGAAGUUUAACAAUCUCAAUGAAGGUUACGGCAUUUUAAAAAUGUCUCUCGGCGGGCGACUUGAUCAUGAGGUGUUGCACAUCAGAUGAAUUCUGAUCAUGAGGAAGCUGAAAAAAAAACAAUGAAGUAAAACAAUGUUACACUAUUGAAUGUGAGCAUGCACUACCUUUUAUAAAAGCCUGACAUUGUAGUUUAACUGUAGCACUAAGGGUAUCGAACUUCACUCCUACAGUAGAUGGCUGGAAGAUUGUUGCAUAUUUGAAUGUGAAGAACUUGUGUGUGUGCACAUUCAGCUUUCUCUAAAGCUCCUAGAGGCAACUUACUUUUACUGCAUUCUCAUAAAGUAAAGCUGCAUAUUUUUCUUUAGCAUCAGGUGCAGUUGUUUGAUAAAUAACGGUCUGUUCCCAUUAGUUUCUUUGACUCAUAAAGUAAGACUGCUGUCUUUUAAAAUGGGAUUAAUGUGCGCGCUGCACAGUGACACAAGAGUGGGAGAUAUGGUUAAAAUCCUCUACCGCAGUACUGCAAUAUUGCAAUACUGCACUAUGACAAACCAACCCCGGGUAAUGGCAAGCAACUGCCGCAAGUGCUUCAUUCAUGUCUUUACUGUGAUGGCAUUGGAGUGCCACGUAGUGUGACGAAGUACUGCGCGUUUGCUGCUUUUUUAAUAAUCGCCAACAGUUGAAAAAUUGGGAGAAACGCUGCAGCUGCUUGUCACCGUCGCUUUUUACCCAGCUGUCCACUCACAGAAGAGGAGGGGUGGGACAAAUACCACCAAGACCAACCAUCACAUCGCUGAACAACAACAAUGGAGGAGAAAUUAAUAUGUAACCUAGUACCUGCCUAACCUUAGUACUGCUCCAGCCUUCUCUUCAUCCAGAUCAAGAUGCCAUUUUUACUUGCGCAGAAAUUCUGUAUUAUAGCAACCAGAUGCAAGCAAAGCAUCUCAGCUAAAAGACUUCUGUGCAAGUUUGUGUUUUGCAUUUAACAGUGAACAAGUAGGCUAUUUAAUUUGUUAUAAAACUGUCACUUUUGUAAUUUAAAAGCAACAAUAAACCCUACUAAUAGCCUGACAGUUAAGCUUAUUAACAAAGCACUAACAUGAGGUAGAAUGAAGUAAUUUCCAAAAACAAAACUUGGCUGUAAUAUUGUGUAUUGUGCUGGUGAGCCACCCUUAAUCACUGCAAGGCAAAUUCCAUCAUCAUUACAGCCCUACCAUGGUAUGUGUGAUAUCAAUAUUUAUCAUGAUUUAAUAGAUUUUCUAGAAAAUCAACUGUUUAUGGAUAAAAGAAUUGGGCAGAAAUGUUUGUUUUUGACAUGUCAAAUGAAGGUACUUAAUCACAUUGAUGCAAAAAAACUCUAAAAAUACAAUAUUGCCAUAAAUCAUAUCCUGCUCAUUGAUUGAUUAAUGGACCGAUACACCCAGAGAUAUUAAAGGGAGAGCUACCACAGUGUCAAUGGUUCAGCAAAAUCUUUAAAAGUUUACAAAAUUACAUCAGAAUUUAUCAUCAUGUAAAUGUUACAGGAAUGAGACAUGACUGUAAAGGUGGAGACUCAUGUUGAAAAUAAUUUUAUACAGAAUCUAGUUGUUUAGUCGCCUAAAUUAUGUCAAGUUUGAAAAAUGGAUCCGUAACCUCAACUGAAUUUUGUUCUAAAUGCACAAACGUACCUUUAACAAAUCAUCUAAUGUUACUGACACUUUAAAAUGGUGUCAUGCUGUUGCAGAAUUACAGGAGGAGUAACUCACUCCUCAUACUAUCUGUGUCCAAAGCAUGUACUGUAAUCUGUUCGAAAUUCAUGCUCAUGUCACACACAUUAGUGUCCUCAACAUUGUUGCCUUUUCAGCUGUUGGGAAAUUACAAGAAAUGGAUUUGUUGUGUUGCGAUUAUGAUGAAGCAGAACAGGAAGAAGCAGGACUUCUGCGUAAGCCGCUACACUGCCACGUCGUUCGGUUGCAAUUGUUUUCAGGAAACAGGCUUUAAUUCUGUGUGUUUCUGGUUAUUGCAGUUUAUGAGCUCUAUGCACACAAACACUAAUGUGCACACUGCCCCAGGGGGGGUAAAAAGAGGGCGCACAUAGUAAAAAUGUAACUUCCAGUGCUUUAAAUAUUCAGUUUUAACUUCAGUCAUAACUCAUGUUCUGGCAAACGGUGGUGAUUUUUUUUAUUAAAUCAUUAUAUUAAUUUAGUGAAGGUAGAAGCUGCAAUGACAUUUUCUCCUGACACGCAUAAAGCCUUUAGAUGAAGAAACAUGAUUAUAAUAAGGAAACUUUCUUAUUUAUAGAGUGCUUUUCUAGAUGGAAAGAGAUGUUAGUUGUUUACUGUUGCUGUGUGAUGUAAAUCUAAACAAAGUCUGCAGUGUGUCAAACAGAAAUAUGAAUAUCUGCAACAAGCCUUCAAAUAAUACAAGUCCAAAAAUCACUUUUAUACUUGUCUUAAAAGGACGUUUUAUUCGAAGGCUUUAAUGUUGAAAUUGACCUUAUUUCUCAACCUUGUCUUCACUCUGGUCAUUAAAUCAUACUGACUUGAAUAUACUGAAACAUUGCUUUGCUAUUCAACAGAGAAUUUACAAAUUCCCAAAUGUCUUCCACUAUUUUAAAACCAUUUUGUAACUUAUAUUUUGAACAUGACAUAAGAAGAAAGAUAAGGAAAAAUGACUUUUUUAUACAUAUCUGAGUAAGAAGAGUGAUAUAUUGCCAAAUACAUUGGGGAAACAUAUUUGUCUAUUUUAUUGUUCUUGAAUGGGAGCUUCUGUUUUGAAGGCAUUGCGACAUGACUGCUGUAUAACGCACUUUUGAAAGGGCUUUUUGUCCGUCUGUAUCCCAUGAGCCUUUGUGCCAGUUUAUGAAUGUUUUUCUUUCUUUUCAUUUGUAUCUAGUGAGUGUGAUUGUAGAUGUUUACGGCUGGAUUUGUCCGAGGGAGGCUUUCACUCUCUGGUGUGAACUGUAAAUGAUUGUGGGGGAAAGGUUUUACUGAAAUAUCAUUUACGUACUAAAGAUUUAUGAUAGGUCAGAUUUAAGAUUGUGGACAAAUAAAUAAGGAUUGUG